CAGCAGAUAUGCCUCCUCCACCAGUAAGCCAGAACCUAAACCUAAGAGAUUCAGAGAGUUCGAAUGCUAAAAUGUCCAAUAGCCUCCCCCGCCGCCUCCUCGUAGGUCCAGCUUCCAGGUCAGAUACAGCAUCCACUAACAAUGUUUCUACAGCUAUGGGCGGAGGACCUCCACCACCUCCUCCCCCACCAGGAAAUCUACCUUCGAGGCCUCCACCAGGGAACAGGGGAGCUUUGCUUUCAGAUAUUACGAAAGGGAAGCAACUUAAAAAGGCCGUUACAAAUGAUCGAUCUGCACCGAUAGUUGGGAAGGUAUCUGGGGGAGGGUCUGGACCAUCUCCAUUGUCAGGAGCGCCGCCUGUACCGGGAAUGUUGAAACCACCUGGAGGAGGGAAUAGAGCACGAAGUAACAGUGACCAGAGCAGUCGCGAAUCGAGUGGGUCAGCUGGAAUGGAGCAACCACCACAACUUGGAGGGCUGUUCGCAGGUGGCAUGCCCAAGUUGAAGAAACGAGGUGGAGGGGUCGACACAGGAGCAAACCGCGAUUCAUCUUACACAUCAGAUCCGGAAUCAUCACGAAGUUCUGCUCCAAAGCCACCUACAAUGUCAGCUCCCCGGCCUCCAACUUCGGCGCCUCCACUCCCUGGAAGUCAAAAUGGAGCUGCGCGACCUCUGGCUUUUACCCCCUCUAUUGCAAACCUCCGGAAAACAGGUUCAUCUGGGGCGCCGAGACCCAAUUCAUCAGCAUCGAUGCGCGGCCCACCUCCCCCAAUUGGAAAGAAACCUCCAAUUCCACCGCCCGCAUCACGAAAGCCUUCAAGUCUUCAGCAGCCUCCUUCAGCAGCACCCCCUCCACCUUCGGCAGCUCCUCCUCCGCCAUCAGCAGCUGCUCCUCGACCACCUCCUCCACCCUCUUCAAAUGCUCCUCCACCACCACCUCUACCAACCUCGAGCGCACCACCACCUCCUCCUUUACCAUCUUCAACUGCGCCCCCUCCUCCGCCUCUGCCACAGGCGAGCGCUCCGAGACCACCGAUGAAUGGGCCAAGUCGAUCACAACCUCCACCGCCGCCUAUUUCACCACCUUCUACCAACGGAGCCAACCAAAGUCUUGCCAUGCAGGCAGCAAUUCGUGCUGCCGGACAGGCUUCCCCAGCAGCCGCUCCGCCUCCGCCCCCACCUCCAUCAAAUGGACCAUCUCCAAAUAGCUCAUAUCAUUCGCCUUCGCCGUCUUCAUCCGCACCACCUCCUCCAAGCUCAGCACCACAUCCUCCAAGCUCGAGACCAGCUCCACAACCAAUGAGACCAGUGGAUCCAAGCUCCUAUACCCUAUCUUCAAAUGGAGGGCUGCCAAAGAAUCCUAGCCCUCAUCGAAAUUCGGAGCCCACUAGACGUAUAUUUAUCAACGAUCCAAGGUGGAAAUUUCAGGAUGAAAACAUGCUACCUAAACCAAGAGACUUCGUUGGAGGACCAAAGAGGUACCGUGCUGGACGUGGUAGUAGUGUGCCCCUUGAUCUGAGCAAUUUUAGUUGAGGAAAUGAAAUGUGGAAAGUUUCAUAGGUGCUACUUUGAGAGACCUUAAAAGUGUGACCAGUUGCUUUGAAGGGUAUGGCGGCAUCAGUCCUGAACGGGAUGAAAUGGAGCCAAGGGAUGUAUAGCUGAGAUAGGCUGUUUGAACGAUAUUCAAACGAGCCGAGGCUUCAAAAGCACAGCAUUCGCACUGUGGACCCCGGCUAGGAAUCAGGUUAAGAGCGUGCAUAUUGAAGGGAGGAAGUCUGUAACUGACGUUACGACGAAUCCAUCUCUUAAAAAUGAUUGUUUAGGGUCGUAAUCCUAUGAUGCUCUGAGUGAAACCAUAUUUCAGACUUGCAGCAACCGCAAAGCUUCCCGUCGUUCAUGUACAUCACUUCCAUCACAGAUGCCUUGUUAGCUUGAAGUCAGGGAUGCCUCAUUUGAAUUCAACGAAAGUAAUUCACCCAUGGAACUAGUCCUGCCUCCGUAGUGCACUCAGUAAAUUAUAUUAUUAUACCAGCAGCCCCAAUCUCACUCGCAUUCUCACCAUGACCAGCCUUGCCUGGAUCCGGUAUUAAUAGGACUCACGGUCCUCGACAAAGAAAGCUUGGCGUUGCGGCAUUGUUCUCCAGCGUGUGCCACAGCGCAAGCCCGCAGCUCAAGAAGAGGCCAGUUUGCUCUCGGCAAUACCUCAGAGCUUAACUUUAAACGACCUUCCACCACCGCCUCGCAUCUCCACCUCGACC